UAAUCUCAGUGCAGACCACAAACUGAACAUGGAAGUGUUUCAAAGUGUCCACAGCUGUGGGAGAAAAAGCUGCUGGGUGUGAGUUUGGGGAUCUCUACUGUGUGCAUGUGCUGAGCUGCUGCUGCGGAAGAACCCAUUUAUUUUUGGCAUUUGACAUUAAAGCUCAACCUUUAUAACAUGGGACCAGCAAUCCUACAGCUAUUCCGCAGCACUGGGGUCUGACUGGAUUUCUUGGUGGCUGAUUUUAUGCUUUUUGGAAGGACGUCCAGUUCAAGCAUGGAGUACCUCUGGAGCAGCUGAAAGAACUGAACGACGCGUGUGCUGUGAGCUAUAAGAGGAAAACAGCUGUGCACACAUUUGGAAGUGAACCAUGACCAAAGAGGAGGAGAUCCCAGACUGGGUGGGAGCGAAGGAGUUCUACGACAAGUACGACCCCAAGGAGAUUCUGGGCAGGGGAGUAAGCAGCGUGGUCCGUCGCUGUGUGGACAAGCGCACAGAUCAGGAAUACGCUGUGAAGAUCAUAGACAUCACCCCGUCUGACAAAAUGACUCCGCAGGAGAUCCAGGAGAUCCGAGAAGCGACGGUCAAGGAGAUCGACAUUCUUAGGAAAGUUUGCGGGCAGGAAAACAUCAUACAGCUGAAAGAUUGCUACGAGUCCAAAGCCUUCUUUUUCCUGGUUUUUGAUCUGAUGAAGAAAGGGGAACUUUUUGACUACCUCACAGAGAAAGUAACUUUGACAGAGAAAGAAGCCAGAAAGAUUAUGCGUGCUUUGCUGGAGGUGCUCCAGUUCCUUCACAGCCAGAACAUUGUUCAUCGGGACCUUAAACCUGAGAACAUCCUGCUGGACGACAAUAUGAACAUCAAACUCACAGAUUUUGGCUUUGCUGUGCAGAUCCAGCCAGGACAGACACUGAAAGAAGUGUGUGGGACGCCUGGUUACCUGGCUCCUGAGAUCAUCGAGUGCUCCAUGGAUGCAGGUCACCAAGGAUACAGUACAGCUGUUGACAUAUGGAGCGCUGGUGUGAUCAUGUACACGCUGCUGGCCGGCUCGCCACCAUUCUGGCACAGAAAACAGAUGCUGAUGCUGCGGAUGAUUUUAGCAGGGAGCUACGACUUCUCAUCUCCAGAGUGGGAGGAUCGCUCUGACACAGUCAAAGAUCUGAUCUCCCGGAUGUUGGUGGUGGAUCCGAGGCAGCGGUUCACUGCGUCAGAUGUUCUGAACCACACGUUUUUCUCCCAGUACGUGGUGAACGAGGUGCGACAGUUCAGUCCAUACAGGCGCUUCAAGGUCAUCUGCAUGACCGUGCUCGCCACGAUGCGCAUCUACUGCCACUACCGCCGUGCCAAACCCGUCACCAAGGAGGUGAUAAAGAGCGACCCGUACGCCGUCAAGCCCAUCCGCAAACUCAUCGACGCAUGCGCCUUCAAGAUCUACGGCCACUGGGUCAAGAAGGGCCAAACUCAGAACAGAGCUGCACUUUUCGAGAACUCUCCAAAGAUUGUCCUGCUGUCCCUAGCCGCCGAGGCGGAUGAGCAGGGCCAACACGGCUGGUAAAGUGGCCACAGGACUGGGAGUCACUUCUACUCCAGAAACCGAACUGGUAAACUGAGAAACAGCCCGACUCGGGUGUUCUUUGAAUGUUAAAGUUUGGAGGACGUGCUUAAAAAAACUUUCUAUGCAAGAGAGGCUUUUGGAUUUCUGUUUUGAAGAAGCAGAGAAAGUUCUGGAAAGUAAUAAGUUCUUAAUUUAGGGGAGCGUAGCCUCCAAGGCGCCGAGUCAAGUCUUCAUCUUUUGUCAGACUAUUUAUUCACUUACUGUAAGAUCGGUAUGUAGAUUUUAGUUUAAAAUUUUGUUUUUUUCCGCAAAAUGUCUCAAGUCUGGAUGGCUGAAAUUUCAGUGAACUUGUAUAUUUGAGAGUGGACAGGCUAAAAAGAUUAUAUAAUGACAAUUGCUCUAAUAAGAGAGUACUUUAAUUUGCAUAAUAUAAACAUAUUUAUUAAAUCUUUCAUGUAUUUGAA